GUUUACCGGAGAUUAUAUACUCAUGUUAAUAAUUCAAAGUUUUUUCUUUCUUUUUUUCUUUCGAUGCAUACAUUUACUGGAAAACGUUUAUGCAUUAGGAUCGCAUUAUUUUUUAUUGAAACACUCAAGUUAUCCGAACUGUUUGACGCUCGUCUGCAACGACCGAAGUAAUUCAUUCACUAAAAUCCACCGCGCGGCUCACGUGUUCAAUCGAGUCGAAUCCCAAUUACGUGCAUUAGGGCGCGCCGUAAUGCGGAUACCAUGAAAUGUGCAUACAAUGCCGCAACGGUAUGCAGCGCGAACUAUUGUACAGACGAUUCGCGGGAGCCAAUUAUGCGCGAGCAUGGUUCAUUUAUUGGCUUCAAUACGAAAACUUUUUUCCUUUAUGUCAAAUUCAAAGGUUCGUUAGCAGUAUCGUGCGUAUGAUCUAUAGAUCAGACCUAUAAGACCAUGAUAGGCCUGUUCUUAAGUAUGGCACCGAGACAUUGGCGGCAACCAAAAGGAACGUGCAUACCAUUCAAGUUGCUGAAAUGAAGAUGCUGAGGUGGAUGUGCGGCGUGACCAGGCUCGAUAAAAUCCGCAACGACUACGUGCGUGGAAGCGUAGGUGUACGGGACAUCGCCGACAAGAUGCAGGAGAGUCGGCUGAGAUGGUAUGGUCACAUAAAAAGGAAGCCACCUGACUACGUCGGAAAUUUGGCCCAACUGGUCGACCUCCCCGGUCGAAGACCUAGAAGUAGACUCAAGACAAGGUGGAAGGACGCAGUGCUGAACGACAAAAGAGAAUGCAAUGUUGCUGACGAGGAUAUCGAAGACAGAGCGAAGUGGAGGAGUAAAGUGAGGAAAGCUGACCCCACCUCACGUGGGAUAAAUAGCUGGGAAGAGAGAGAGAGAGUUAGCAGUAUCAUGCGAUGUUGAUGUAAGCUGAUCUUGUUACUUUUUUUGCGUCUUAACACGUUGACUGCCAUGUAGGUCACCGGUGCCCUACGCGGCGCACUGAAGUAAUUAUUUCGAU